GAGGGGGGCCUCGGGCGUGGAGGUGGUGUUUCCCGCAGACCUCUCCGCCCCCGCCCCGCUGUGUCCUCACGUUGUCAGAAGUGAGACUUGCUGCCCGAGAAGCUCAUAACCGCAGAUGCCAGCCUCCUCUCAGUCGGAUGCAGUGUGUGCACAGGUACCUGACGUUUAUCCAGUUGCCCCUGUCCCAGAGGAAGUUUUGCCAAAGAUGUCAGCAGCUGCUGCUGCCAGGCGAGUGGGGCGAACACAGGGAGCAUCCGGUGGUGGGAGAGAUCUCCGUGGCGCAGCUGAAGAGGCCCAGUCAACUCCUGUACCUUCUGCAGAACAAGAAAACCCACGCCCAGUAUCUGUUUGCUGACAGGAGCUGUCGCUUCUUGGUGGACCUGCUCUCCACGCUCGGGUUCACAAGAGUGCUGUGUGUGGGAACCCCCAGGUUACACGAGCUAAUCAGGUUGAAAGCAUCAGAUGAGAAGUCGAACAUUAAAAGCCUGUUAUUGGAUAUUGAUUUUCGGUAUUCGCAGUUUUAUCUGGAAGAUAGCUUUUGCCAGUACAACAUGUUUAACCAUCAUUUCUUUGAUGGACAGGCCGCCCUUGAAGAAUGCAGAGCUUUCUUACAGGAAGACGAAGGCACAGGUGUCAUUAUGGUGACAGAUCCUCCUUUCGGCGGCCUGGUGGCACCUCUGGCUGUGACGUUUAAGAAGCUCAUCGCUCUGUGGAAGAAAGGUCAAUGCCAAGAUGACAGUGACAAAGAACUACCCAUUUUCUGGAUUUUCCCUUAUUUCUUUGAGUCUCGAAUUCGUCAGUUUUUUCCAAGCUUCUGCAUGUCGGAUUACCAGGUAGAUUAUGAAAAUCAUGCACUUUAUAAACAUGGGAAGACCGGCCGGAAGCAGUCUCCUGUGCGGAUUUUCACCAACAUCCCACCCCAUAAAAUAAUCCUUCCCACCGAUGAAGGGUAUAGAUUUUGCCCGCGGUGUCAGCGAUACGUGGCUCCCGAGAACCGGCACUGCGAGCACUGUGAUGCCUGCACGUCCAAGGAUGGCAGGAAGUGGAAUCAUUGCUUUCUCUGCAAAAAGUGUGUAAAGCCUUCCUGGGUGCACUGCAGCGUCUGCAACCACUGUGCCCUACCAGAGCACCCCUGUGAGGGCCCGACAGGCGGCUGCUUCGUUUGUGGGGAACUCGGUCACAAGCGCACCACUUGCCCUAACGUCUCCUCAUCCAAGAGCUCUGCUAACAAAGUUGUCAGGAAGCAGAAGCAAAGGAGAAAUAAGAAGAUAAAAUUGGCAGCGACCGAAGGACAGCCUGUGAAUCAGGCCUCUGCUCCGCGAAGAAAGAAGAGGAGGCAGCAGGCCCAUUAAUAUCUCUGCUCGUACAAGUCCAGUGACGGGAGAAUAAGAACAAGUUACAGGCCAGCCUCUGAGGCCAUUUUCUGGGAGUGCCACACACUGGGUGAAACCCAUUCGCUGGCGGAGGUGGCACCUGGCUGAGCUGGAUUUGAGCAAGUAGCCCUGGCUGAGUUCUCGACCCAGCAUAUGCCUCUGCCCCUGCUUCUGUAUGUGCAGUCCCAGGGAGCCGGUCUGUCCACAGCUGGCUACGCAGCUCUCUCCGCAUGCCCUCUCUCUCCUCUCAUCGCACGGCCGGCCGCCUUGUGCAGAAGGGGUCAGAAGAAACCCAAAGAGAAUACACCAGGCUUUGUUUACACUGAGCAUCAAAGUCGGGCACGUUAGACUUGGAGAUACUUGAGCUUACAUAUGGAAAUGGUUGAAAUGCCCCUAGAGAAGAAAUGUGCAGUGUACAAUUAUCCUUCCCUUGCACCUGAAGAUGAGGGAAAGAAUUUUGACUAGUAACACUCACUGUGGCAUUCUUUUGAAUACUCAUCCAUACAGAACAUUGGCAGUUGCCUUUUCCAGCUUGCAGAGUCACCCAGCGUCUGUUGAAUGAAUGAGAUGUUUACAACUGUGACACUGAGAACUGCUGUGUCCUCUCGGUGGAGCCCUGAUGGUGCUGUUGGGUAAGCCUGGAACUGUUUAUCGUAAGGUUGCCAGUUCAAACCCACCAGCCGCUCCUUGGGAAAGAGGAGGCUUUCUGCUUCUGUAAAGACUGACAGCCUCGGAAACCCGCCAUUGGCCACUGUGAGUUAAUGUGCACAGCAAGUUUGUGUUAAAGCAGCAAGUUCAUAUAGAAGUGGUGUGGUAGUUACAUAAUCUAAUGUCCUCCUCCCUGGGGGACGGACAACAGAAAAGUGGGUGGAGGGAGACG